AUGCUAACCGAUGGUCUGCUCUCCAAAGUUGGCCAUAACGUACCCUGGAUCGCAUUUGUAAAGGAUUUGACAUUGAAUGAUCCUGAUCUGUACGAGAUUGAACAAGCGGGUGUACUUGGUAUUGGUACAGCUCGUGCCAUGGCGGAGCUGUUCGAGAGACUACGGCUUGGUGAACUGAUGAGUGCAGAAACGUUCAAAAAACUCACGAGUGACUACUUUUUCAAAAAGGAUAUCGUCACCGGGGCGUAUGUUCCUCGAGGACAAGGCAUGAUGUUCAAGCCUUUUCAUCAUGAAAAGGGAACAUUUGAGCUAUUGGGUCACUCCGGAUAUGGCGGUCAAAACGUCAGAAUAGAUUUGAAGAACAACAUAACAUUCGCGUACAUGAGCAAUGGGCUCAAGGUUGGCUUUGGUGACACAGCGAGAACGUACAUCCGUUUACUUCAUGCCAUGUACGAUGUGGUGACAUCUUCACAUAAUUGA